AUGUCAAGAUGCUUACGGGUACACAGAGAGCUUGCCGACACCAAAGCUCGGGUUCGGGAAUUAGAGACGACCCUGCUCGGACUUAAAGAAUCCACAAAACAAAGCCACAAACGGCUAGCCAUUCCUUCUCCGGGAACUCCGAGUAGAGGCUCUUCUCCGGCAUCGCCUGGACCCGUCUCUCAGGCGCCUCUAUCUUAUUUACCCGAUACCCGUGAUUUCGAUACCGCGUUAGCAGCUUUCCAAUGGCACAUCUCGUAUUGUGGUCUCGGGAGUGCUCUUUCGAUUCAAAGGGCAGCUUUUUACUCUCUCAUUCAAGAACAAACAGGUUGUACAUUUAAUCUGGAUGACUUCGCUCAUGAGGUCACCCAAUCUUUCAAUUCACAACAGCUCAAGUCGACCAAAAAGGUGGUUGGGAUUAAAUGGCCGGAGUCUGCUCUGGUCCAACGGUGUCUGGAGUAUUUUGAUAGGAAUGGGCUCUAUUCUAUAUUUCCAAUUGUCGAUGUUGAGGCCGUGCAAAUUCUACUCAAUGCAAAUGUCUUAGAACGGCCUUCAAAUAUGACCCGUGCUGCGAAUCGGGCUUGUCUAGUUGCUUUUGCGGCAAUGAUCACCCAUAUCCACCGCCAUGAGCGAGCUUUCGCCGGCGCUGACCCAGAUGCUUAUCUGCAAGCAGCGCUAACACUCCUUCCUGAAAUAUUACUGGAGCCCCCUGAUAUAAGAACCUUGGAAGCGGUGACAAUUUUGAUGCUCUAUAUUGCCCCUCUUGGUAGACCCCAGGCAGCAGAACUACUCCUCGGCAUCGCAGUGCAACUCAUCUAUAACCUCGGGGCAAACAGGAUACAAACCCCCAAUGAGAUACACAGAACAGACCAGCGGAGCCAACAUCUCCGAGCUUUGUUCUGGCAUUGCUAUGCCGUCGACAAAGAAUUCUGUAUCCGAAAAUCCCAGCCGCCCUUGAUAAACGACGCCGACUGCGAUCUCGAUCUACCUACAACAUACGCCCAGGAAACCUCAGCACGUCACUUUUACAUGAAGCCCUUGUCAUCGAAAGAGCUGCUUUUCCCCUCGGACCUCCGGUUCUCUCUGCUCAAGUCCAAGAUCUUCCGGUUACUCUAUUCAGUGCACAGUCAGACACUACCGGAAGCGAGACGCCUGCAGCAUAUCCGUGAACUAGACCAAGAAUUGAGCGAUCUGAAACUGGGGUAUCCCAUCGACUGCCGGCCGGAAGCUUUCGCCACUGAGAGCGCACCGGACUAUCUGUUCCAUGAUCUCAGUAUCCGCGGUGUGAAUAUCCAUUUGGAAUAUUACUACUGCCUCGGAAAGAUCCAUGGAGCGAGUAGCUCCUGCAGGAUCCCUUCUCCGCAAAGCUGGUCGCCUCUCCCAUCUAGCGCCGAGCUGUGCUUUGAAGCUGCAAGGUCGUCGCUGAUCUACAUCUGGCGAGUCCGCCAAUUUGUCAACGAUCAUACAUUUUGGCUUCAUGCGCAGUUUCUCCUCACGGCCGUUCUCUCGGUCUUUUGGUAUCUCAUCACUGUUCCGGCUUCAUCUACUUUCACAAGGGAUCUGAAGACCUUGGAGGAUAUCUCUGGGCUCUUGGCUCAUCUGAAAAGGCCUACUGAUGACGGGCAGACUUUCCCACCAUUUUAUCUAACACAUGCUUUUAUUGAGAAAUUGAUCUCGCUGGCGCAGCAUUCACAACCUAGCGUUGUGGGCACAUGA